GUUGAGCAAAGGUUUCGAACCCAUAAAUGAUCAUACCGGAUACUGAAUAUCCUAGAUUUUGACGCGCUUUUUGGACUCGCGAAUCGAUUUGUUGGUGCAUAUGGAUGGAUGACGCUGAACACUUACCAUCAGAAUAGCCAGCUCUCAGGAUGAGUGUCGUCAAAGUGGAACAAGGAAUGUUGAAAGGAGCUGUUUGUAUCGCAGACGCUGAGAAUUAUUAUGCGUAUAAAGGCAUUCCGUAUGCAAAGCCACCUAUCGGUAAAUUAAGAUUCAAGGCACCAGAGCCACCUGAUUCAUGGGACGGCGUUCGUGACGCAUUAGAACAUGGGCCAGUUUGUCCACAAUACAAUGAGCGUCUCCAAAGAAUUGAUAUGGGCAGUGAAGACUGCCUUUUCCUAAAUGUAUAUACAAAAACGCUUCAGCCCGAAAAAAAGCUCCCAGUUAUGGUUUGGAUACACGGAGGAGCCUUCUAUACCGGCUCUGGUAACUCCGAUUAUUACGGACCGGAAUUUUUCAUGCAGCAUAAUGUUGUUUUAGUUACAUUCAAUUAUAGAUUAGAAGUAUUUGGCUUUCUGUGCCUAGAUAACGAGGAAGUACCCGGAAACGCAGGUUUGAAAGAUCAAGUUGCAGCUUUAACGUGGGUCAAAAAAAAUAUAUGUUCGUUUGGAGGGGAUCCAGAAAAUAUAACAAUAUUUGGAUGCAGCGCUGGGGCUUCAUCUACAUCAUAUCACAUGAUUUCUGAAAUGAGCCAGGGUCUCUUUAAUAAAGCGAUCUGCCAAAGCGGCGUUUGUCUUAAUGAUUGGAGCUAUAAUAUUUAUGCUAGACAAAGAGCGCUCCAAUUAGGAAAAUUACUGGGGAAAGAUACAAAAGACGUGAAUGAGCUUUUGCAAUUUCUUAGAGGUGUUCCAUCAGAAUCUUUAAUAAACGUUAAAUUACCUACAGUGGUCGCCGAAUAUCCAGAUAUAUCGGACGUUAUGACCUUUUCACCAGUUAUUGAAAACCCCAAUUUAAAGGUAGAAAAAUUUAUAAGCGAUGCUCCGAUAAACUUAGUGAAGAAAGGAAAAAUUUCAAAAAUACCAAUAAUGUUGGGAUAUACAUCUGGAGAAGGAAUAGAGAUAUGUCGAAAUUUCGUUGACUCUGUAUCGUUUUUUUCAAAGACAGGGAUGGUAUUACCUAGAGAACUUAAAUUAAAUACACCGCUUGGAGUUAUAAAGCAAAUGGAUGAAAAAGUUCGUCACCAUUACUUUGGCAACAAAACUUUGUCAUUAGAUAUUCUUCAAAAUUUAGUUAAUUUACACACAGACAGUGUAUUCUCGUAUAAUAUUAGAAGAUUUGCCCGCUACCAUUUUAUAAAUUCUUUAAUGCCAGUAUACUUUUACAAAUUCACGACAGAAACUGAAAGGAAUCAUACCAAGAAAAGCUAUAAAAUGGACCAAGUUGGCGGCGUCUGUCAUGCAGAUGAUCUGCCUUACCUAUUCAAUAUAAAGUGCUUGAAGAUUCCUUUAACUGAAAAUUCAAAGUUAGCUGUAGAGCAAGUUGUAAAACUAUGGGUUAAUUUUGCGUCAUGCGGAAACCCUACUGCAAACUUCAGCAAUGUUGAAUGGAAACCGUUCACAGAAGAAGACAAAUAUUGCUUCAUCAUCGACAGGACACUCAAGUGCGAUUUGAACGUCAAUGAAGACAACAUGAGGCUAUGGGAUGAACUAUACGGUGAAAAGUUAAUUAAAAUAGAGAAGUAGUCAAAACGUGUUGUGGCUUUAUAAGUAGGUAAUUAUUUAUACAGGUGAACUCAUAGUUACUAUUAGAACCAAAAAAUACGGGUGAUAACAAUUAGUUACGAAAUAGGCGACGAUAGAUAAUAAUAAAACAUUUAUUUGGAAUUCUUUUUUUUAUUUAUUUUAGAUGGUUAUAAACGCUAUCAGCUAAACGCUGGUCCCUUUUGUUAUACGAAUUCAUAAUUACUUUAGCAUGAAAAUAUCUCGACAGUUAUAUUGUAUACUGUAAAUAAAACAUCUAGUACACGAUCUACUCAGAAAGAAAUAAAUAUGGACAAAGAUCCGUAGUUAUAAACCAGGAUAUAAAAUAAACAAAACAAAAAAUGUGACGCUAUGUGCAUUGUGCAAAAGAUCUUGAGUUCUUGCAUUAUCCCGUUCACGACGCUGAUAUUUCUGCCAAGAAGCUUUUGUUAGAGGCCUGCGAAGAUUGAAAAUUUAGUCUGCGUUUAAAGAUCAACAAUAAUAUGUCAAAAAGCCUGAAUUUUCGUAGUUGCACUAUAUUAUAUAUAUGUAUAUACUACUUUGGAGUGAUUGUGGAUGAAACUCAAUCGUAUUUAACGUUGAAAAUUUGUCAUCUUUUCUAAGUAAAUGUUGUAAGUGAUGCACAACGUAAUCUAGUCCUAAACUCUUAGUUGACGCCACACGCUUUUUUUUUUUGUUCAUAAUAAAAAUUACUUCGUUUCCAUUGGUGGAAAGUACAAAAAUGAAAAGGAAAAAAAUGCGACGGCGGAGACAUUUAGCGUUUCUACCCCUUUUUGACUCCUUUGCGUUGAGUUUAUAUUUUUGGAUUCCAUUCCAAUCUGUAUAGCAUUCGUGAAAUCUUUUGAUACUAUUGCUUAUUGUUUUUCUCAAAUCAUAAUUUCAUCCGCCUUUUUAAUCUUAAAGUAUUACUUUGUUAAAAGUUGAUAUCUCAAUAGGCCGCUGACCAAUGGGUCAAAACAAUGGCUUAAGAGUACCUAUAUAAAUAAUUUAUAUAUAAUUUUUAAGCAAUGGAAUUCUGAAUAUCGUGUAUUGUUUAACCCCCUGACCACAGCCGAGAGCGACGUGGAUAUCGGCAAGCUUUUAAAAAAUCGUGGGAUUACACAAUACAACAAUUUCCUGGUGGUAAUGGUGGUAAAUAUGUUAGAAUAAUGAUACCUUGUUCUCAGAAUGCACUUGUUUCGAGGCAAUACUUUCUGAAAAGGGUAUUUUAAUGGUUGCUUAACUAAUUCUCUAAAUUGGUCCACAGCUAACACCACCAUUUAACUAAAUGGAACAAAACUAAUAAUUGGCACAAAUUAAAAUUAAAAUGAUGACAUACUUUAAUCUCAUAAAAACGAUUAAUCGUUACCCCGUAAAUUAUGGUAUAUCCUGACUGAAAACGUCAGGAUUAGUUUUAUGUUCCUACUAUUAAUAUAAUUUUGUUUUUUAAAUUAACCUAUUACCUUACGUAUUUUAUUAGGGAUGAUUAGGGAACCUCUUUAUAGAGAGAAUAAUAUUCACGAGUGUUAUAAAGAAACUCAGAAUAAAUUAAAAUGCAUCGCCUAAUUUUUAUAUAUUUUGCUGCACAGUAUGAGUUUUGAAGAAACACUCCGUAUGAGUGUGAAGCUGUUACCGUGUUAAAACGUCAAGUCCGCGCGAUUAUUCGUACGCGGACUUGAAUAGUAGCACGAUUCGAUAUCUGUCAGUUUUAAGACCUCAAAAAUGCGAAUGUGGUAUUUUGUAAUAAAACAAUCAAUAUAAGGAAUGACUCUUAUAAUUAUUUUACAUCUAUAUUUCACGUUUAUCAUGUAAGGUAGUGUAACUGACAUCAUAUAACUUAGUGAAUCUUUACCAAUAUUAUAGCUAUACGGCUGCAAACAGCUAUAAAAUUUUCUUUAAACUGAAAGAUUAGCAGUUCCUAUAUUCUAUUCAUUUAUUUGGAUGACAGUAUAAAUAAUUACAAAAGAGCUGAUCUAAAUAUCUUUAGUUUUUAAAUUUCUUUUUAAAAAAAGAACCAUAUCUAAACAUAUGAUGUUGAAAUGAAAUGGUCCAUAAAUUAUAUGUAGAUUAGAAAGUUGUAGAAUAGUUUAAACACAAAAUUUUUGAAAAUUAUAUUGCGUUAAUGUGAUAUUAAAUAAUGAAUAAUAUUGUGUAUCAACAUAUAACUCACACUCUAAAUAAACACAAGACACCAUCACCCACAUUCACAACUCAUUUUACAGAAAAUAUAACUUUGUAAACUCGUGAUUUAGUUUCAAUUUAUUGAUCUGUAAUUAAUGAAUGUGAAUUAAAGAGAGGCUUCUAAAUAUUGGAUUAUGUUUAUAUUUCAAUUAACGUAAGUAUAGUGUUAAUACUAUUUGGAACUCUUUAGUUAUUAUUUCAGGCUGUUUUAAACGGACAGAAUUGAAUAAGCACAAAUAUGAAUAUGGAAAGGAAGAUCAUCUUGUCUUAAUUACUAUGUAUAAAAAUAUUAAAAUUUAUAACUUGUUGCCUUAUAUAAAAGUUUAUUUAAGACAGAUGAAAUCAACCAUGCGAUUGAAAGUACAAAGAAUUAUGAGAAAUAUAUUAUAAAAACUUUUGAAAUUAUAAAAGCUUCUGAAAUUAAACCAUGUAUAUUUCUUAACUUACUUUAUUCCAGUUUAAAAAAUACAUUAACAUAGGUUGAUUUCCUGUCUUUAUGACAUUACGUCGAAUUGGACUUUCUUGUUGUCUUUACAAAUACAG